AGCAGAGAGAACUGUUGUAGCUGCUGCUGCUGCUGACUUAGUGUUGUUGUAGCAGCUCUGCUGUCACCACCAGCUGCUCUCUCAUAUAUAUUCUUGCUGCGGGGAUAUGCCACAGACUACAAUAAACAAUAUAAGCCUCAGAAAAUUAAACAGUUUAGCAGUUAUUUCCAUGAUGGUGGUGGCUACAACGGUGACUGUCGGCACACUGCUGGCACCUUCGCCGUGGACUCACACAACAGUGAAAGGGACCAAGUGUGUGGCCCAACACAGCUGGCAGCAUGAAUGGUUUUGGCCUUCAGGUGACCACAAGUGCGAUAGUGUUCCAGCCACUAAUUCCCACGAGACGCACCACCAUAACAUCUCUCUCCGUCACAUCAUCUUUGCCUUCCAGUUCCCCCCAACAAAACAAGGAGCAUCCAGGUGGCAGCAACGACUAGCAGGGCUGUUGCGUCUUCGUCUGCUACAUGAAGAAGGGCGAAGACCACCUGCUGGCACAAAGCUGAGUUUGAUCACUCGUCUAGGUUAUACUGAUGGUGAUGAUCCCCAUCCCAAACUGAUGGCUGCCAGAAUGCAGGAUAGACAGAUAUCUUGCCAUUUAAGGAAAGAGCACAAGUUUGGAGGCUCAACAUAUGAUUGUUCUCCUAUGCCCUUGGUUGUCCUGUACAGCCUUUACCAUGAUCACUACAUCAUAAACAUUAAGGUUCCUAAUAUAGAAUUUGAUCACAUUGAAGACCUGUAUGUCUCAUUCAUCAGUCAGGAUGGACGUUACACAAAGGUUCUUGUAGCACUUCAGACAGUGUUCUUCCCAGCAGUACUCACAUUACUGGCUUGGUAUAUCCAUCUUCUCUGGCAACUCUGCUGGUCUUUCACCUACUUCCAGAUUAUGUUAUUAUUUCUGGCUUUGGCUCUCCUGCUCAUAAACUGUCCAUGGACAUAUGUUACACUGCUGGCAAACUGCCCGUGGGUCAUCAUCCUGCAAGACCUUAGUUUGGGUUUCUUUUAUGGCACCUUUAUGACUUUCCUUCAUUUUUUAACUUACUUAUAUUUGGAGCCUGUUAAACGUUGUCCAAAAGUUAGGACAGCAAUGGUGCAAGUUAUCAGCGGCUACACGGCAACUAUCUUCCUUAUAGAUGUCAUGGAGCAUGCCAUCCUCCUGCACAACCCUCUGCCUUUUGUCUGGGAGUCUCUUCACCUUGGACUGGCUACCAUCACAGUUUUGCUGGUGGUGGCUUACCUCACUUACAUCACCAUAAGGGUCUACUCGGCAGUUAUUGUUGUGCAGAAAGGAGGACAAGAAGAGCACAAGGGGACAGACAUGGAGCCUGUUAGCAAGACAUGUGAGGCAUCAUCAUCAUCAUCAGCAGCAGCAGCAACAGCAGCAGCAGGAGCAGUAGGUGUAAGGUGGAGGGAAGCUUUGAUGCUAGUUGUGUCCUGGCUUUGUGUUCUCCUUACUGCUGUAGAGUUUGUCAUCAAAAGACUGCAUGAUGGAAUGUGGAUCUGGGAAGAUAUUUUUGGGAAUCUUGAAAUUAAGAACACAAGUGGUCUUCUGCUGGGUGUUUACAGUAUGUGGAAUAUGUUCACAUUUCUGGUUUUAAUAGUAUACCCCCCAGUGCCACUACCUAUCACACCACAAGCAGUUGAUUUAGAAACCAUUACUGAGAGAGAGCCCGUGCAGCAAACCCUACCACAUUCUAGACCGCCAUUGCGCAGACAGAACGCAAUUGACAUUGCUAGUGAAGAUUCCUUAGAUGUGGAUCCUGCAUACAGUGCAGGUGGAGAUGCCACAAAUGGUGAUGCUGUUGUGACACUUGAUGUCGUAAGUGGUGAUGGUGUCAUAAGUAGUGAUGAUGCUGUAAGUGUGUAUCUAAUAAGUGGUGAUAGUGUCAUUAGUGGUGAUAUUGGUGUAAAUAGUCAUACUGCUGGCAGCACUAGCACUGCAGCUGUAGUAAGCAGUAAUGAUACCACUGGCACAGCCGUUCCUAGCACCAGUGAUGUUGCUAGAAACUGCGAUGUUGCCAUAAUAUAUAAUACUGCCAUGACUAGUAAUGAUAAAAGUGAUGCAGCAGUAAGUUGUGAGGCUCCCGUGUGCAGUGAUAUUACCAUUUGCAAUGAAGCUUCUGCAUGUGCUGAUAUUUUGGCAUUUAGUGAUGCCCGUGUAAAUGGAGAAGCUGCUUUAAGUAUUGAUGAUGCCUUAAGUGAUAUUGCAAUGAUUGAUGAUGAUGUAAGUUGUGAUGGUAUCACAAAUAAUAGUUUUGCUGUAAAUGCUAAUACUGUUCAGUCAUAAGAAGUGAUGUUCCAGGAAGCUGUUAUCCUAAUGUGAGAAAUGGUGCUUUGUGAAGUGACUGAAACAUGGUGCUGUGUGAAGUGACUGUGUGAAACAUGGUGCUGUGUGAAGUGACUGUGUGGAAAUGGUGUUAGCCAAGUCUUUCAAAGAAUACAUAGGUAAGUAAAUGUCUGAAUGUGUAUGCUAGAAAUGUAUAGCAUUUCUAAUCAGGAAUAUUCACAACUGUAUAGUAGACAAGACUGGUCUUGGUAAAUAGAACAUUUGCAUUCUUGAGUGAUAACAGUAUAUAAAUUUGUCUUAAAAUGUGCACCAGUUUUAUAAAGGAGAUCUGAUAAGUGCUGAAUGUAUGUGCAAAGAAAAAAACACUAGGUAGUCACAGAGGGAGGCAGCCUGUUCAUUCCCCAUUUCCUCCCUUUCAUGAUAAUCUUUUCUAAUUGCAGUAUAUAAUGAAUGAUGUCUUAAGAGUGUUUGGUGAGAUGUUAAAAAUAUGAAUAUCAGAAGAACAAAACUUUAGGACUUAAUGUACUUUACUCCAUUUCUCAACUUUCUGUGCCCUCUUUCAACAAAGUGCCAAGUAUAACUGUUUGAUACCAUGUAGUAUAUAACUAUUGUAACUAAUGUAUUUUCUUGAGAAAUAUUUAUUACUUCAUAUGUUGAUUUUAUUAAUGAAAAAGUGCUUAACCAGUUCAUCAUAAUGACAAAUGUUGGGUUCUUUCCUUGAACUCUGCUUGUAAAAACCAUAUAUUCUCAGGCACUAUACACAGAACUUUCUCUAUUGUACCUCUUCCCCACCAUGUAAAAGUAAUCCAGUUUUGGGGACUGAAACAAAUGAAUAAAGCUGUAUUCGUAAAACAAUUUUUUUUCCAUUACAUUAUCUCUAGGCAUUGCUCAUUGUCUUAAGAGCUAUUUAUUCCAUUAAAGAAGAUGAUAACAAAUAAGCCUUUUUUUGUUUAUCUGAAUUACCAUAUAUGUACUAAUUGGCAGAUAA